GUCAACAACAUGCCGGAGACUUCCAGAGAAACAGAAACUGACGAGGGGAAGACGGAGAGACAACAAAGAGAUCGAGAAGACCAGUCGUCUCGUAACAUCGUGUCUUUAAUAUCUCAGUUCGCAGAUGAUAAUUUAACACUUGUGCGGAACAUAAGCACCGGACUGGCAGUUGCUGGUGUUGUGGUAUUAGCAAGGAGUAUCAAAUUGAUCACCAAAUUUCAAGCUGCAUCUGAGAUCCCUGCUCGCUUUAUUGAGAAGAAUGUCAGCCUCCGUGGGAAAGUUCAUGCAAUCACAGAGAGAGGACUUGAAGUGGAGCACGUCCCAAUUCAUGUGCCAGUUCUCUCUACGUUACUUUUGAAACACAAAGGUGUGUCUACGUCCCCGAUGCUGGUGCAUCUUGCAGGAGUGGAGUUGACUCCAGAGGGCAGGGUCUGGCUGCAGGAGAACCUGGCUCCUGCUCAAACAGUCUGGCUAAAACUGAUCAGCCGAGAGGACGACAUGCUGCACUGUUUGGUGUCUCAAAGCAGGCAGGGGUCGGUGUGGAGCUACUGUAUGAACGACGAGGUCCUUAGACUCGGUCUGGCCCGCACUGCGCCCGUGGUCGGGGUCCUGCCUGACUCUCGCCUCUACUGGCGUCUCCACAAACGGCUGCACAGGUCAGAGGUCAAAGCUGAGAAGAAGGGGCGGGGACUGUGGCAACGGGAGAGCCUAUGGGAGCGAGCCUCCAAGGCUGUCAGGGACAACGCUUUAUUCAGACUGAUGAGGAGGAUCUUUAAGAGGAAUUGAUGCACUAAGAGACUGAUCAAUCCAAGAGAGAAUUCUUUCAUCAAAACACAACAGCACACAUUCUGCUUUAUUUAUUUAUAUUGUUAUACUGUUAUUGCCAGCUGUUAUACUGAUGUGAGUUUAAAAGGCUAAGAAAGUGUAAUCCAUCACUCAUUUGCUUCUCUGCAAUGAAAACAGUACAUUUUUACUGAUAUUACAAAUCUCAAAUUUUUAUUUUACAUUCCUCAGUACACCUUGCACCUUUGUAGUUUAUUUUACUGUAUUCCAAUGUCUUUAGAAGUUCAAAAUGAUUAAAAAACUAUCCU